GGUGCCGGUCCUCACCCCAAAGCCCUAUCUGGACGUCUGGUCAGCGCCAUCUGGUGGCUGUUUGCUGUGCUGCUCCUGGCCAGCUACUUCAGCAACUUCAGCUCCAUGCUGCACUCCAACCACAAACACGUCUCCAUCGAGAGUUUCGAGGACCUUGCCAACCAGGAUGUGAUUGACUAUGGCACCUUGGAGGCUGGAUCCACCAUGCUCUUCUUUAAGCAUUCCACCAACCCUCUGCACCAGCGUAUCUACCAGCACAUGGAGCGUAAGAAGAGCUUCGUUUCCAGCACUCAGGAGGGCGUUCGCCGCUCCCAGGAGGGGAACUUUGCCUUCAUCGGUGAAGCUGUGUCCUUGGACUUGGCAGUAGCUCGCUAUUGCAAUCUGUGCCGUUCACAGGAAGUCAUCGCUAUGAGA